AUGUCAUAUCAAGAUUUGCUCGAGCAGGCAGACACAUUAAAAUUUGGAUCAGUGAGAUAUCAAACAAGUGGUGCGGCUACAGAACAUUUCCCCACAGUGGAAGAAGUAAUUGCACAUUUAAAGCUUUUACGGGCGUUCCAGACAUUGAAAGUAAGUGUGGUUGGGACACCGGAAAGCGUUGAUAGAGAUGGAGAGUUCCAUGGAUUUUCAAAAUCUCAAGCCAAAUAUUGGCAAGUUUAUCUCACUAAUUCCUGUCGUAGAUUUAUUAUCUAUAUGUCUGCAUUGAAAAGGAAAUUCAAGUCCAAUAAGCCAUAUUUGGAAGAAGAGGAACAAUUGAGAGAAUUUUUUGGCCCCAAAUCGAAGGCAUUGGAAGUGUCAAAUUAUAUUUGGAGAUGCCUACCACCACUAGAUGUUUUAAUGAUUUGGCAUUCAUUUACUUUAAAUCCAAAGUCUUUUCAUGAUAAUGGUGUAAGGAAUAAUUUCUUGGAGUUUACACUUUGUCCCUUCCCAUUGUACCCCAUUACAUUCAUGAUAGACGAUACAACAUUCCAAUUUCAUGUAGACUCGAUGACAUGUAAUGAAUUUACCAAUUUAACGUCACUUGAAUAUUUUUAUCGCUUUGACAUUCAUAUGCAAGUUCCGGUAACAUGUCCAAUAUGUUCCGAAAUUUUAAAUGAAAGAGUCCCAUUGACCACUUCAAGUGGUCAAGGGUUUGCAGAUAAGGGAUUUAACUGUUUACAGCAGGGGAAAAGAUGUGCAUGUAUUGAAUUUACAGGCAAUGUUUCCACUGAUCAUAUGCAAUUGAGGAAAAGACAAUUAAUUUCAGACGUAAUCAAAAAAUCGGUGACAUUGCCAAAUAUUACCAAAUAUUAUUCUGAUUUCUUGGGGAAGAAUCAACAAAACAAUGAAGGAUGGGAAGCCGGUAGAGUUUUGAAUAGGAGAAUGAAAAUAGUGAUUAACCAAACAAUAGAACUAUUGGAAAAAUCUGAAACCGUUAGAAAAUAUAUACUGGAUAUGCAUUUCAGGUCACAUAUUGCAAAUAAGCCACUUGUUUCAGUUGCUGCCAGUCGAUUAUUUUGUAAAUAUGAUGAUAUGAAUCUCAUUCAUUUAACUAUACCUGACCAAGUUUCAUAUGAUAUAUGUGAAGUACAUGAAGAUCUAGUUGCCUGUACAAGUAGACAAGAACGAUUUGUGAUUAAAAUGAAUGCCUAUAAAUGGUUACAUUCGUCAACAUUUCUUGCAAUUAGUGUACAAGAGAGUGUUUCUAGGUAUGGAAGAUUCUUACAAUUGAUGAGUGAAAAUUUUUCAACUUCAAUGUUGGUACCAACUAAUGACAUAGAUUUAGUAUGGCAUACUCAUCAAUUAAAUACUAUAUUCUACUCGCAAUACUGUCGUAAGUAUACCCAUGGUCAUGUGAUUGAUCACGACGAUAAGGUAAAUGAACUGAAGCUUAGCACAUGUUUUGAAAAUACACAACGACUUUAUAAGAAGAAAUAUGGAGAUGAAUAUCUGAUAUGUUUCUGUUGGUAUUGCACUACUAGCCGAAAAAAUUCUAAACCUUCUAAGCUUUUCAAUAGUAGUGGUGGGAAAGUUUCAAAGAAUAAUCAUAUUCCACUUUCCAAGAUUACUGAUUCUACUCAAAUUACGAAUAUUACUCAUAUUCUGGCCCACAACGCCGUAAGGGUAGAUGGGAAAGAUGCAACCAUGGCGAACCAGAAAAAUAUGAAACAAUACAAAGUAGCACCUCCAAAGAGUAAUUUCCCCUGGUAUACUGAUAAUGUACAAAUUGAAACAAUGAUACACAAUGGUAUUAUAUAUGUACAAGACCCUACUAAGGAAAAGAUUAUGCAAUGUCCUGCAUUUGAAGGUACUGGACCCGCCAGGUUUUGUAUUGCCGGAAGUGGAUGUGUUACACUUCCAAGAGGUACGAAUAGAUCAUCCAAUUGUGGGGGGAGUGGGACUGGACUGCAAUGCGGAGGAGGAAGCGAUGGUGGUUGUGGCGAUGGAGGAGGGUGUGGAGGAGGUUGUGGUGGAGGUUGUGGGGGUCAGUAG